AUGAAUGUCCCUUACCUAGAUGGCCACAAUUUUGAGUUGCAAUUGCAUCUGCAAAGGAACAGUGACAGCUGUGAGGCCGGACUCCAGCAAAUCAAAUUACUCAGGAAAGUUCCUGAGGAGCAGAAUGACUACCAGGAAAUAACACUGUUAAGCAAGAUGGACACUGAACUGGAUGGUGAGAGACUGCGUCUCCACAUACCACAACUCGGGAAAGAGGCCGGAGACCUGAACAGUCUCCAGGAAAUAAGGCUACUUAGUAGGAAUGCUAGCAAAACGGGCCAGGUUUUCGUGCUCACCACACUGUCGGAGAGCAUAAAUGCCAUUGCCCUGGACGACCUAAGAGUCACAACGCUACCAAGGAUGAUUUAUCCUAAAGCCAUGGUCCUGAAACCCCCGCGAACGGAUGUUCUUGUAAUGACGCCCUGGUUUGCUCCGAUCAUUUGGGAAGGGACUUAUAACAUCGACAUCCUGAAUGAGCAGUUUAGGCAAAGGAACGUGACCGUUGGACUGACGGUGUUUGCCAUCAAAAAGUAUGUGGUCUUCCUGAAGUUGUUCCUGGAAACCGCGGAGAAGUACUUCAUGGUGGGGCACAAGGUGAAUUAUUACGUCUACACAGACCGACCAGCUGACGUCCCCGCCGUCCCCCUCCGAGAGGGAAGGAAGGUGGUGGUCCUGGAAGUCCAGAACUACGCCCGCUGGCAGGAUGUCUCCAUGCGCCGCAUGGAGAUGAUUAACCACUUCGCCCAGCAACGCUUCCUCCGGGAAGUUGGCUACCUCGUGUGUGUGGACGUGGACAUGAGAUUCAGCGACCACGUCGGGGUGGAGAUCCUGAGCUCUUUGUUUGGCACUCUCCACCCCGGCUUCUAUGGGGCCGAACGGAGAUCCUUCACCUACGAGCGGAGGCCUCUGUCUCGAGCCUACAUUCCCCCAGAUGAGGGGGACUUCUACUAUGCUGGGGGAUUUUUCGGAGGGACAGUGAGCGAGGUGUACAAGCUCACCAAAGAGUGUCAUCAAGCCAUGAUGGCAGACAAAGGAAAUAAGAUUGAGGCAGUCUGGCAUGAUGAGAGUUACUUGAACAAAUAUUUGCUUUAUCACAAGCCCACGAAAAUUCUUUCUCCAGAAUACCUGUGGGAUGAGAAACUUCUAGGGAGUCGUGCUUUUCUCAAGAAAAAGAGGUUCCUGGCUGUGCCAAAGAAUCAUGCUGCGAUUCGAAACAGAUAA